AGUGGAUGUGGUAAAAGCACCAUAGUACAGCUGUUGCAGAGACUGUAUGAUCCACAAGAAGGAGAGAUUUUAGUUGACGGCCAUAAUAUACGGUCGCUGAAUGUCAGGCACUACAGAGAGUUAAUUGGCGUCGUCAGCCAAGAGCCAGUACUGUUUGGAACAAGCAUUAAAAACAACAUAAGAUUUGGACGAGAAAAUGUGACUGAUGAAGAAAUUGAGAAGGCAGCUAAAGAAGCCAAUGCAUAUGACUUCAUCAUGGGCCUUCCUGAUAAAUUUGAAACGCUAGUUGGAGAAAGAGGAGCUCAGCUAAGUGGUGGCCAGAAGCAAAGAGUAGCCAUAGCUAGAGCCUUGGUCCGCAAUCCUAGGAUACUCUUACUGGAUGAGGCCACCUCCGCCCUUGAUACAGAGAGUGAAUCCAUCGUACAGUCUGCUCUAGAUAAGGUAAUGCAGCUUUGUGGGUCAUGA